AUGAAGCUCGUUUUGCUGUUACCAUGGGCGUGCUGCUGCUUGUGCGGGUCGGCGCUGGCCACGGGUUUCCUCUACCCGUUCCCGGCAGCAGCCUUGCAGCAGCACGGCUACCCGGAGCAGGGCGCCGGCUCCCCCGGCAACAGCUACUCGAGUCGCCGGCACUGGUGCCAUCACACCGUGACAAGGACAGUGUCCUGCCAGGUGCAGAACGGCUCGGAGACGGUGGUCCAGCGAGUCUACCAGAGCUGCCGGUGGCCUGGGCCCUGUGCCAACCUCGUGAGUUACAGAACUCUCAUCAGACCGACCUAUCGGGUUUCCUACCGCACGGUGACUGCGCUGGAGUGGAGGUGUUGCCCUGGGUUUACUGGGAGCAACUGUGAAGAGGAGUGUAUGAACUGUACCCGGCUUAGCGAUAUGAGUGAGCGCCUGACCACGCUGGAGGCCAAGGUCCUCUUGCUGGAAGCUGCUGAGCAGCCUUCAGGCCCAGACAAUGACCUGCCACCCCCGCAGAGCACCCCGCCAACCUGGAAUGAGGACUUCUUGCCAGAUGCCAUUCCCAUUGCUCACCCAGGGCCCCGAAGGAGAAGACCCACAGGUCCAGCUGGGCCUCCAGGACAGAUGGGACCACCGGGACCUGCAGGGCCCCCAGGUUCCAAAGGUGACCGGGGCCAGACAGGAGAAAAGGGACCAGUGGGACCUCCAGGUCUCUUGGGGCCACCGGGGCCACGCGGGCUUCCUGGAGAGAUGGGACGCCCGGGUCCACCAGGCCCUCCUGGCCCGGCAGGCAGUCCCAGCCUCUUGCCAAACAGCCCCCAAGGUGUCCUCUAUUCCCUGCAGCCACCCACAGACAAGGAGAAUGGAGACUCCCAGCUGAACCCUGCUGUGGUUGACACAGUGCUGACAGGUGUCCCAGGUCCCCGGGGUCCCCCUGGCCCCCCUGGGCCCCCAGGACCACAUGGUCCUCCAGGACCUCCAGGAGCACCUGGAUUCCAGGGACUGAUAAUUGAGUGGGUUGUGGCAAGGUCAUCUGGUGAGCCCAGUGUGAAGGAAGGAGAAGAGGACAAAGCCGCCACCACUGCAGAGGGUGAGGGUGUGCAGCAGCUUCGAGAGGCCCUGAAGAUCCUGGCAGAGAGGGUCCUCAUCCUGGAACACAUGAUUGGGGUCCACGAUCCCCUGGCCUCCCCUGAAGGAGGCUCUGGGCAGGACGCGGCCCUGAGAGCCAAUCUCAAGAUGAAGCGGGGAGGCCCUCAACCUGAUGGCAUCCUGGCUGCCCUGCUGGGCCCUAACCCUGCACAAAAGAGCGUGGACCAGGCUGGCGACAGGAAGUAA